UGUAGCAAGAUUAGUUAUAAAACAAAUAUUUAUAAUAUUUAUCACAACUAAGUGUAUGUGGCUUUGCAGGUUUAUUUUAAUUGAUCACAAAUAUUUUUUUUACUUAGUUAACGUGUACAACAAGUAAUAUGUCUGUGCCGCCUCAAGCUUUUGUCAAUAAAAAUAAAAAACAUUUCCUGGGGAUUCCGGCUCCCUUAGGUUAUGUUGCUGGUGUUGGUAGGGGUGCUACUGGCUUCACAACUCGGUCUGAUAUUGGUCCAGCUAGAGAUGCGAAUGACAUAUCUGAUGAUCGACAUGCGCCACCAGCCGCUAAACGCAAGAAAACUGAGGAAGAAGAUGAUGACGAAGACUUAAAUGACUCUAAUUAUGACGAAUUUUCAGGUUACAGUGGCUCAUUAUUCUCGAAGGAUCCUUAUGACAAAGAUGACGCAGAGGCUGAUGCUAUUUAUGAAUCAAUUGAUAAAAGGAUGGAUGAGAAAAGAAAGGAAUACAGAGAAAAACGCCUUAAAGAAGAUUUAGAGAGAUAUCGUCAAGAAAGGCCAAAGAUUCAGCAGCAGUUCUCAGAUCUGAAACGUGAAUUAAAAAUGGUAUCCGAAGAUGAAUGGGCAGCUAUACCAGAGGUGGGUGAUGCAAGAAAUAGAAAGCAACGUAAUCCCAGAGCUGAGAGGUUCACACCUCUACCUGAUAGUGUGCUGUCUCGCAAUCUAGGUGGUGAAUCCUCAUCAACAAUUGACCCUAGCUCUGGUUUAGCUUCUAUGAUGCCUGGUGUCAUGACACCCGGAAUGUUGACUCCUUCAGGCGAUUUAGAUCUCAGGAAAAUAGGUCAAGCAAGGAACACACUUAUGACAGUAAAGCUAUCCCAAGUUUCUGAUUCAGUAACAGGUCAAACCGUAGUGGACCCGAAAGGUUAUCUCACCGAUUUACAAUCAAUGAUACCUACGUAUGGGGGUGAUAUAAAUGAUAUAAAGAAAGCAAGACUGCUAUUAAAGUCUGUGAGAGAGACUAAUCCCAACCACCCUCCGGCCUGGAUCGCUAGUGCUAGGUUGGAAGAAGUCACAGGUAAAAUUCAAUCAGCACGGAAUCUUAUCAUGAAAGGCUGUGAAGUAAAUCCAAGUAGUGAAGAGCUGUGGCUGGAAGCAGCUCGCCUGCAACCGCCCGAUACCGCCCGCGCUGUGAUCGCACAUGCGGCUAGGAAUUUGCCACACAGUGUUCGAGUUUGGGUGAAAGCGGCUGAUUUGGAACAGGAGACAAAGGCGAAGCGCCGUGUAUAUCGCAAGGCAUUAGAACAUAUACCCAACUCCGUGCGUCUUUGGAAAGCAGCAGUCGAAUUGGAAAAUCCGGAAGAUGCUCGAAUAUUACUAUCCAGAGCUGUCGAGUGUUGUCCCACCAGCGUUGAACUUUGGCUAGCAUUGGCAAGAUUGGAGACGUAUGAAAAUGCAAGGAAGGUGUUGAAUAAAGCUCGUGAAAAUAUACCCACUGAUCGGCAGAUUUGGGUAACGGCUGCCAAACUCGAAGAAGCUCACGGCAACACUCACAUGGUGGAGAAGAUCAUAGACCGUGCUAUAACUUCUCUUAGUGCAAAUGGUGUGGAAAUUAACAGGGAACAUUGGUUUAAAGAAGCAAUGGAAGCUGAGAAAUCGGGGGCAGUUCACACGUGUCAGGCAAUCAUUCGCGCGGUGAUAGGAACUGGAAUCGAAGCAGAAGAUCAAAAGCAUACUUGGAUGGAAGACGCUGAGGCGUGUGCGAACGACGGCGCAUAUGAAUGCGCACGCGCAGUGUACGGUUACGCUCUAUCCGUAUUCCCAUCCAAAAAGUCUAUAUGGCUAAGGGCUGCAUAUCUCGAGAAACAGCAUGGAACUCGAGCUAGUCUUGAAGCUUUGUUACAACGAGCGGUUGCCCAUUGCCCCAAGAGCGAGGUGCUUUGGCUGAUGGGAGCAAAGUCCAAGUGGUUAGCAGGUGAUGUACCGGCCGCCCGAGGUAUUCUGUCACUGGCCUUUCAAGCAAAUCCCAAUUCUGAGGAAAUUUGGUUGGCUGCUGUUAAACUGGAGAGUGAGAACAAAGAAUACGACAGAGCCAGGCGACUCUUAGCCAAGGCUAGGGCUUCUGCUCCCACACCACGGGUAAUGAUAAAAUCAGCAAAAUUGGAAUGGGCUUUAAAUAACCUCGAUGUUGCUUUGAAUCUAUUGGAAGAAGCAAUCAAAGUAUUCAGCGAUUAUGCGAAGUUGUACAUGAUGAAGGGGCAGAUAGAGGAGCAAAUGGAAAAAGAUGAUGAAGCACACAACACUUAUUCCCAGGGUUUGAAAAAAUGCGCAACUUGUGUCCCAAUGUGGAUCUUAUUGUCAAGGCUAGAAGAGAAAUUAAAGCACGUCACAAAAGCCAGAUCGGUUUUGGAGAAAGCAAGACUUAGAAAUCCUAAGAAUCCAGACUUGUGGCUGGAGAGCGUUCGUCUGGAGCGUCGAGCGGGCUGCGCCGAGGUGGCGGGCUCGCUGCUGGCCAAGGCGCUGCAGGACUGUCCCACCGCUGGGCGACUGUGGGCCGACGCCAUCUUCAUGGAGGCGCGACCGCAGCGCAAGACCAAGAGUGUGGACGCGUUAAAGAAAUGCGAGCACGACGCGCACGUGCUGCUGGCCGUGUCGCAGCUGUUCUGGACGGAGAGGAAGCUCAACAAGUGUCGCGAGUGGUUCAACCGGACUGUUAAAAUCGACCCAGACCUAGGCGAUGCUUGGGCAUUCUUCUAUAAAUUCGAGUUAAUACACGGCACCGAACAGCAACAAGAGGACGUAAAGACUCGCUGCAAAGCUGCGGAGCCGCAUCACGGCGAGCACUGGUGCAAGGUCUCGAAGGAUAUCGCCAACUGGUGCUUCAGUACCGAACAAAUACUUCUGCUUGUUGCGAAAAAUCUACCCGUUCCGACAUAGAUUAUAAACAGGUAGAAGUGCAUUUUAUUUUAUCUGUAGCUAUUGUAUACGAUAAAGCACAGAGUUAUAUGUUUGAUGUUUUUAUAUAAAAGUAAAUGCAAUUUGUGUUGUAAUUACUACAUAAAUAUUAACAUUGAUUGUUAAGUCCAGUGGUCCAUCGUUUUUUUUUUUAGGUUAAAAUAUUGGUAUUUUUAAUCACAUUAAAGAUUUGUCAAACCUUGUAAUAAUCCAAACAAUGUGACUUAUUUUAAGAACUGUAGACCAAAAGGACUUUAAAUACCUGAUAAUAUGGAUUUUCUAUGAUUUUUAAAAUUAUAAGAAUGACUGCACUUAUAGAAAAUAUGUACAACUUCUGGUAUUAUAAUGCCUAUAUACAUAUGUAUAUAAGCAAAUAAAUAAUUUAAUAGUAUGCAUUUUAACUAUUCCUCUUUUGUAAUAGUUUUUAUUAUUUAAAUAUAAGUUUUGUCAUUUCUCUUAUAUACAUGUAUCGUAAGAUGUCGUCGUUAAUUUACGUCACUGCCGAACAUUAUAAUAUAAACACACGAAUAUCUUAUCUUCUUCUUCUUUUUCGUCGUGUCACUCUUGUCAGAGCGGUCGUGGUCGCCAUGAAGUAUUAUAAAUUAUUCGGCGCAGAUGUUAUUCGCCUUACGAGCCUGCGCCAUAUGUCCCUGUAAGCCUCGUGCAUUCAUGCAAAGGACCGCCAACAGUUGUUUUUAUUUGGUCGGUCCAUCGCAUGGGCGUCCUUCCACGUGGUCUGAUGCCAUCCACCUUGUCUUGAAUAACAAGGCGUUCAAUGGAGUCAUUUCCUAGCCGGGAGACGUGUCCAAAAAUGUUAAUAUGUUAUCUUGAUAAAGAAUAAUAACGUUGAAGAAUUAAUUUAGAAUAACUUAUAAACCUGAGAAUAGUUUAUUGAGUAAUUAUCCUUGGAAAAAGUUUUUUUCGGACCGUUUAAUGGAAGCCUAAUAAAUGAUUAUUAACAAAUAGACCAAAUUAAUCCGACUAUACAUUUCCUCGCCACCAAUUUGACUUUUACGAGCCGCAACUUCAAAACGGCAAAGUUAGAAUUUUCGUACAUAUUUGUAUUAAUUUAUUCUUAUCAAAAAUUUUUAUUUCAUUCUCUAUUUGUAUCAAUGUAGAUAUAUAUGUUGGUCCCCAAAAUAUAAUGAAAAUUAAAUUGUUUUUUAGAUAAGUAAUUUGUAUGUGUAUUUUAUAUGAUGGCUCUUCAAAGAGCUGGUUUAAGGUAAACCCUGGAAUAUAAUUAAUGUAAGCAAUUACAUUGUCGUACAUAGUUUUAUGUCUUCUGUAAAUUAAUGUAUUUCACUAUACAAUAUAAACUAGAG